CGGCCCGCCUUAUCGCGAGAGCACUACCGGAAGAUGGCACUUGUCUUUUGAUGGAGCCGAAGGAUGUGAUAUAAUUCAAGGGGUGCUUUUGCUUUCUUUAAAGGAUGUUUUCCAAACUAUUCCGAUACACGCCUGUUAAAUAGUGAAGCCACUUCCACUUGUUCAGCCGUAUGUUACAGCCAGCGGGAUUCGUAUUUUCAUGUUCUGUCUUCACUUUCGUCUUAGAAUUGUCCAGUCCGGCUGGCAUCAACUUUCCUCGUCCCCUCCAGCUGUCCAACUACGCCUGUCAUUACCGCCGAUCCAGAAAUGACCGGAGAGAAGAUUCGCACUCUGCGCAAGGACCACAAACCCAGCAAACACGGUGAUUAUCUCGAUCCAGAUGAGGAAGCAGCUGCUGGGGCAUUUACCUCCGCUAGCAGGACUAACAACCGGAGUAAAAACAAUGAAUUCUUCAACAAUCAUAAGCUACCCAGAUCUCCAGCGACCCCGCUGUUGCAGCAACAGCAGCAGCAGUCUGUGAUCAACGCUAACACGAACACCAAUACGUUUUCGGCGUCUGUUGAUGACAGUAACAAAAACCCAAUAGUCAACAGGAUUGGGGAGUGCUUCCCUGUCCACGAAUGUGUCUUUAAGGGAGAUGUACGCAAAUUAUCUUCACUCAUCAGGACCCAAAAUAUAGCGCAAAAGGAUAUCCACGGUAACACACCUUUACACCUUGCUGUAAUGCUGGGACACAAAGAAUGUGCCCAUUUACUCCUCGCCCAUAAUGCCCCUGUAAAGGUGAAAAAUGCUCAGGGAUGGAGUCCUCUUGCUGAAGCUAUAAGCUAUGGAGAUCGACAAAUGAUCACUGCACUUUUGCGAAAGCUUAAACAGCAGUCAAGAGAAAGUGUUGAGGAUAAAAGACCACGAUUACUUAAAGCUCUGAAAGAGCUCGGAAACUUUUAUUUAGAGCUUCACUGGGAUUUUCAAAGUUGGGUGCCUUUGCUUUCCAGAAUCCUGCCUUCAGAUGCUUGCAAAAUAUACAAACAUGGUAUUAACAUAAGGCUUGACACAACUCUUAUUGAUUUUACGGACAUGAAGUGCCAGCGGGGGGAUCUGAGCUUCAUUUUCAAUGGUGAUGCCUCUCCUUCCGAGUCAUUUGUUGUGCUUGACAAUGAGCAAAAGGUCUAUCAACGAAUCCAUCAUGAGGAAUCUGAGACGGAGACAGAAGAGGAGGUUGAUAUCUUAAUGAGUAGUGACAUUUAUUCGGCCACUUUGUCCACAAAAUCUAUAACUUUUGCUCGAGCUCAGACUGGUUGGCUUUUUCGAGAAGACAAAACGGAAAGAGUUGGGAAUUUUUUAGCAGAUUUCUACUCUGUGAAUGGAUUGGUGCUGGAAUCGAGGAAACGAAGGGAACAUCUCAGUGAAGAAGAUAUCCUGAGAAAUAAGGCCAUCAUGGAAAGCAUAAGCAAAGGAGGCAAUUUAAUGGAACAGAAUUUUGAGCCUGCUCGACGACAGUCUCUUACCCCACCUUCUCCAAACACAAUAUCUUGGGAAGAAUACAUUUCGUCUGAAAAUGGAAAAGCUCCUCAUCUUGGAAGAGAACUAGUCUGUAAGGAGAGUAAAAAAGGGUUUAAAGCGACAAUAGCUAUGAGUCAAGAAUUUCCUUUGGGGAUUGAAUCGUUACUAAAUGUUUUAGAAGUAAUUGCACCCUUUAAGCACUUUAACAAACUCCGGGAAUUUGUGCAGAUGAAACUACCACCUGGAUUUCCAGUCAAACUUGACAUACCUGUUUUCCCGACCAUAACAGCCACUGUGACAUUUCAAGAGUUCCGGUACGAUGAGUUUGAAAGCAGCAUCUUUACAAUUCCCAGUGACUAUAAGGAGGACCCCAGUCGUUUUCCUGACCUUUAACUUCUCUGGCUUCUUAUCGCUAAGAAACGGGCACACUAAAGCUUGAGACCGAACACGCUCAUAUCAAGUUAAGGACAUUCAAGUCUUCAAAAGGAGCAAAACCCCUUGAUAUUCUUAUAUACAGUAAAAGGGAUGGAAUUUUAUCAGACUUGUAAUUAUUACAAUUAAUACUUUGUGUAGUACCUUACAUUGUAGCAUUUUACAUUUUUCUGCCAAUUCUAGAGGCAACAAACAUUAUUGGGAGCUUCCAGAUGCUUUAAUGAAUCUUUACUACAUGGAUGUAAAAACAGUACUUCUGUGCUGAUUUUUUUUUUAUCUUCCACCUUUGAUAACACAAUGAAAUAUGUUCACUUUGAAAUUAUAUUUCAAUCAAGGAAUGUCUUAAUAUGACUGGUAAGGUAUUCCAGACACCUCACUUGACAAUGGAAGUAGCUUUUUAAUUAAUCAUUUAAACUUUGUUUUCAUUUGUAUAUAAAUUAUAACAAAAUGUAUAAUUCAGUAAAUUUUGGGCAAUGUACUUUCUAUACUAGAACAAAUGCAAUCAGUCAUGAGAGGAUUAAAACUCAUUAGUCAAUGUCAAUGAAUUUUCAUAGGUUGCAAAUAUAUUUGUUACCGCCUCUCGUCAAACUUGCAGUUUUUGCCUCCUCUUUUCUGACACUUCUUUGGUUUAAUGGCACCAUUACUGUUGCUCAAGUAGUCGGCUGUUUACUUGCUGUGAAAUAAAUGGAGUACAAAAGAGAGGUGCAGGGAGGAAAGGAGUACCGAAAUAAAAGAGAAACAAUAUCCAAAGCCCUGCAUGAGUCACUUGAAAAGCUAAUUAUUAAAAAAAUAAUAAUAAUACAUAAAUAAAUAAAUAAAUAACUCCCCAUUGAGAUGUUCAAGAGAGCUGCGACCAAAAUAUGGGCACCUACUGUGUAACUGCUUCACAUAUAAUGGAUGUUUAAAAUGACUUGAAUGUUGCUGAGCCAUUCACACAUUUCAUUUCUUAAUAUGCCCUCCCAUGCUAGUGCGUUAGGAAGAAAGGGAAGAAGAAAAAUGUGUUUAUUGUAACAGGGAAAUGUUCAGAUGCAUGUGCAUUCCCAGACACUGGGUUGUCACUACAGAUGUGUACAGUAAUAAAGUUGCAGUAUACCUCACAAAAUUUCUAUGUUUUGUAAAUCUUUUUUUUUUUUUUUGUCUGUUCUAAAGUAAAACUGACCUGUUUGGUUGAUACUGUCUAGAGAGUUAUAAUGUUUUUGCUUUUUUAAAAAGCAAUACUGAAGAUAUUAAUUUAAAAAGAUUACUGAAUAAAUAUCUAACAUCUGUUGUGUAGAAACUUCCAGCUACUGUCAAGUGUCAGUUUCCAUUUUCUUAUUUUUGUAUUUCAAUUUUCAUUUCUUUAAACGACUGACAGUGAUCAUGUUACAAAGUAAAAUAUAUAGUUUGAAGAUAUUUGCAUUGAAGCUUGUCAUCUUCGCUUACAAUUAUUUGUUUAUACUUAAACAUAUGUAUAUUAAUAAAUUCUUGCACACUGACA